GCAUCGAAAAGCGGGUGGAGACGACGACAGGCAGCGACAUACGGCCAUGUCCACCUUUCCCGACCAGCCGCAGCAGCCGCAGCAGCAGGCCAUUCCGUCCCCUGAGGAGGCUUUGAGGAAGGAACUUGUCGUGCUUCAGGCACAGAGGGACGCCCUCGAGCUGGAAGCGGACGCGAUCGCCAGCGAGCUCAAGUCGCCUGGAGCUAACGGAGAAGCUCCUGUGGGAGUGAAGGGCGCCCUCGUUGACGCCGAUGGCUUCCCGCUGGCAGGGUUCGACCUCUUCAACGUUCGAGAAAAGAGGCACCGGUUCAACUGCAUCCAGACGGAUCACAAGGCGGUGAUGUCGAGGAUAGAGAAGUCCCUCCACGCCUUGCACGAUGCGAGAUUGGCGAGGCCAACGCCGUUGCCAACAGCUUUUUCUGUCACUGCUGCUACGCCACCGGCAUCGUCUUUGAUUGGUAUGGAUUCGGCCGCCGCCGCGGCAGACAUGUCGCUGGCGCCCAUCGCUAAGGUCAACCAGGUGUCAGAAGGCUCUCCGGCGUCCGCGGCGGGGCUGGCGGUAGGCGAUCUCGUGCUGCGGUUUGGCCAUGUGGACAUCUCUCACCCCAAGGGCCUUGGUGGAGUGGUAGACGUCGUGCGGGAGAAGGAGGGGCAGGAGGUGCCCGUCACGGUGCUGAGGACGACGAGUGUUAGUGGGGAGGGGGGCUCCGUGGGGACGGGAGGGGGGGUGAGGGAAUUGACGCUUGUGCCGAAGACGUGGAGCGGGAGGGGUCUCCUCGGGGUGCACUUGCUUCCUCCAUGAUGCAAGCACGACGCCAACAUGUUGGUCCUUUCGGCAGCAGUGGAAGUUGCGGUUACUCGUGCUUCAGAAGCACGCUUCAGCCUAGCCGGCUUACAUCUUUUGUGUAGCUAUGUAAGUUGUUUCUUGUUUCUCCCACCCUUUGUGCCAAGGAUGUCUGAGGUUAUUCCGUUCGGUGAAAAAUGUCCAGUGGGAGCGAUGGUAAAGCUAUGUGUCGUCUUCGUUGUCCGAAGAAGAACACCUGCUGCUCAACGUUUGGGUUCUACUUCUUGUGGUUUGUCUUUGUUCUCGCCAUGUACCUCUCUGGGGUAUGGGUAUCUAGGUGUAAAUAAUUGGCGUCACAACACAAUCACGGACAUGGUGUCCGCGUCAGGUGGAAGGUACUGUACUGAGAAGUGGUCGGAACGGCUUUUAUGCCAAGACAACAGUUACAGAAAGUAGGAAGGUUUGUGUUGUCAGUGAAGGUACACAAAUGCGCACGUAUGCACAGGCAAUGGCUUGUCGAAGAUCACCACAUACAGUAGUGAAACACUCUUUGUUGGCGUGGUAGCACUCCUCGCCCCGGUGGUCUAAUCAAUAUCCCCGAAACCUUCUAGAGUUCAGGUCAGGGGUUCGAAUCCCGGCGUAAGCGAGCUUUUCUUGCAAAGCGACUUUUUCUCUCGCUUCCGCUUCUGGCCUAGUGGAUAGCGCAAGUUCGUGUGUACACAGAGGGAAGAGAGUGCUGAACUCUUCUCGCAUUAAAAAUCGAAGGCAAAGUACCGCAGGAGGGGAGGGUAGGGAGGGGCUCUUCUGUGUGACC